AGAAGAAAUCUCCCGCCCCAUCCGCUGUUCUUUUUAAACCAAGGCGGGACACUCAACUUCAUUCACUCUGGUCGGUGUAUUUGCUGCUGAAACAUCCCUGGACUUUACAGUUUUUCGCAAAAAUGGUGAGGACUAAAGCCGACAGUGUUCCCGGAUCAUACAGAAAAGCUGUAGCAGCUUCUGCUCCCCGGAAGUCUCUGGGCGCCAGUUCAGCCAACUCCUCCUCCAGCAGCCAGGUGUCCACACCUGCAAAGAACAAAUACGCUGGUGGAAACCCUGUGUGUCCUCGUCCCACUCCGACCUGGCAGAAGGGCAUCGGGGACUUCUUCGGUGGUCCCCCCAGGAAGCCUGAGAAGGAGAACCAGAGACCCCAGGUGGUUGAGGAUGAUGAAGAGGCAGGAGGCAGCGGGAUGUCAAAGGCCAGCAGGAAGUCCAGACCGCUGCCUGCUGAGGACGAGGAGGAGGAUGACUGAAGACGAUGAAUGGAUCAGGAUGUCAGUUUUGCUUAAUGCCUCCGUUCAUGCUUACUGGCAUUUUAAUGUACAUCUGUAUAUAAUUUCUCAUGAAUUUCCUUUUGUAUAGAUGAAUAAACUUCUUUGUUUUUUAUGUUUUUAA